AGAGAAGGCGGAAGUAGGGGCGUCCGCGGCUGGGGCUUGUGCUGCGGGCGGCCCGGGGUCGCCCCUGAAGCGGCCUUCGGGUAGGGAGAUCGGCUUCCAGGUCGCCUCAGCUCGGAGUAAGGAGCCUUGGCGGAGCCGAGUCGUGCUGCCGGCUGGAGUCGGCGGCCCAGCGGACGAAAGCGAGCAAUUGAUAGUGACGUUACUAUGAGUCUGCUAAACUGUGAAAACAGCUGUGGAUCCAGCCAUUCUGAAAGUGACUGCUGUGCUGCCAUGACCAGCUCCUGUAGCGCUGCUGCGAAAGAUGACAGUGUGAGUGGAACCGCCAGCACAGGGAACCUCUCCAGUUCUUUUAUGGAAGAGGUCCAGGGGUAUGAUGUGGAGUUUGACCCACCCCUGGAAAGCAAGUAUGAGUGCCCCAUCUGCUUGAUGGCAUUACGGGAAGCAGUGCAAACACCCUGUGGCCACAGGUUCUGCAAAGCUUGCAUCAUCAAGUCAAUAAGGGAUGCUGGUCACAAAUGUCCAGUUGACAAUGAAAUAUUGCUGGAAAAUCAACUAUUUCCUGAUAAUUUUGCAAAACGAGAGAUUCUUUCUCUGAUGGUGAAGUGUCCAAAUGAAGGUUGUUUGCAGAAGAUGGAACUGAGGCAUCUUGAGGAUCACCAAGCACAUUGUGAGUUUACUCUCAUGAAUUGUCCCCAGUGUCAACGUCCCUUCCAAAAAUGCCAGCUUAAUAUUCACAUUCUUAAAGAGUGCCCGAGGAGACAGGUUUCUUGCAUGAACUGUGCUAUGUUGAUGGCAUUUGAAGAUAAAGAGAUCCAUGACCAGAAUUGUCCUUUGGCAAAUGUCAUCUGUGAAUACUGCAAUACCAUGCUCAUCAGAGAACAGAUGCCUAAUCACUAUGAUCUAGACUGUCCGACAGCCCCAGUUCCAUGCACUUUCAGUACUUUCGGUUGUCAUGUAAAGAUGCAGAGGAAUCACUUGGCUCGCCACCUGCAAGAGAACACGCAGUCGCACAUGAGAAUGCUGGCUCAGGCUGUCCAGAGUUUGAGCCUUGCUCUAGCUCCUGUACCUCCACGCGACAUGCCGCCGUACGAUUCCUCCUCCGUGUCCCGGGUCUCUGCAUCGUGCCACCCAGAGGUCCAUAAUUUCCAAGAAACCAUUCAGCAGUUAGAGGGUCGCCUCGUAAGACAAGACCAUCAAAUCCGAGAGCUAACUGCUAAGAUGGAAACUCAGAGCAUGCACGUAAGUGAGCUCAAACGAACGAUUCGAACGCUUGAAGACAAAGUUGCUGAGAUAGAAGCACAGCAGUGCAACGGGAUCUACAUCUGGAAGAUCGGCAACUUCGGGAUGCACCUGAAGUCUCAGGAAGAGGAGAAACCCGUUGUCAUUCACAGCCCUGGCUUCUACACGGGCAAACCCGGGUACAAACUGUGCAUGCGCCUGCACCUCCAGCUACCCACUGCUCAGCGCUGCGCUAACUACAUAUCCCUCUUCGUGCACACAAUGCAAGGGGAGUAUGACAGCCAUCUCCCUUGGCCCUUCCAGGGUACAAUACGCCUUGCGAUCCUUGAUCAGUCUGAAGCGCCGGUAAGGCAAAACCAUGAAGAGAUCAUGGACGCCAAACCCGAGCUUCUCGCCUUCCAGAGACCCACGAUCCCACGGAACCCAAAAGGCUUUGGCUACGUGACUUUUAUGCAUCUGGAAGCCCUAAGACAGAGAACCUUCAUCAAGGAUGAUACUUUAUUAGUACGCUGUGAGGUCUCCACCCGCUUCGACAUGGGCAGUCUCCGGAGGGAGGGUUUUCAGCCACGAAGUACUGAUUCAGGGACGUAGCUUCCCUGCAUUUGUUCCAAAACCAAAAGCCAUCUGGAGAAAGCAGUGUCUUUCCUUGCCUGGUUCUCAGUAAGACGCAAACCGAAAAAGUAGUGGGAGGGAUGUAAUGCUCACCAGGGAAUGUUGUUCGAUGGGUCACUUACCACUUCUUCCUGUUACAAAUCUCUGAAGCAGUUUUUCCCCCACCUUGGGAAUCUACACGUUCUGCGCUUUCUCAAAAACUGAAGUGCCUGUGGCAUAUCGCAGCAGCUCUUUUGUCAUUUAGUAUACCUCUCUGUUGUACCUCCGUGGGCUUUUGCUCAGUGUGUUUGAUUGUCAGAAAGCCCAGGGUUGGACUAGAAAAGCUCAGACCUUUUAAUAAUAAUGGACAUUCCUUAAAACUUCAGCUUAUUUUUAUAUUAUAUGUAAUAUAUUAAACUUGAGAAUCACUACUGCCUCGUGCUGGUGCCAGCGAGAAUUUUUACUCUGGAGCUGAGUUCUCAUUUUAUUUGACCUUGUACGGAUUUCAGAGGAUUUGAACCUUAAUCUUGGGAAGCUCAAGUUCUCAUUCACUCUAGCCCCCCUACUCCUAGGGUGUUACUAAGGGUAUACAGAAACUAGUUUAAACCCUAAAUAUAACUUUACUUAUUUGGUGUAAACACCUUGUCUUCUUGUUUAAAUAUUCCAUUCUGUGUGGCUUACAUAUUUCCUUAGGGCUACAGGUAGCAUCUUCUCCAGAGUUCAGAAUACUGACAACCAUGUGGGUACUGACUGCCCAGUGUUAUGCUGUAAAUCCCUCUCUGUCCGUUCAGUGCAGAGUGAAUUCCACAGAAGGUACUGAACACCUUUUGGUAGUUGUUAAAUGGGAUGAAACUGAUAUCCUAAACACAGAAUUUCUUAAUACUUGGAAGAUCACUGGAGAUAACCUGAGAGGUCAUCAGAUCAAGGUGGGAAGUCACAGUGGUUCCUUCAGGACUUAGCCUGAGUAGGUUGCUUUGGUCCAACAAUACUUAGUUGAGGAGGGUUGUGUGGAAUGUAUUGAAGUGGCUGAAAGUUUCUAAUAGGGAGAGAUGAUUUUUUGUGCCGUUGAUUUGUUAAGGCCUAUAGAUACUAAAUAUUACGGUGAAAUUUUGUUCUCAGGGAGUCCCACAGCUAGUAUAGUCUCUUAGAAGAAUCUGAGAGGACCCAUACUCUAUGCUGUUUACACAAGAUUGUUUAAUGCUGUCUGGUCAUGAGAGAUGGAAUUAUAUCUUUCAAGGGGCCACAUCAGAGCUCCCUGACCAGCAUUGAAGAUGAGCCUUAAUUUCAAGAGGAAGCCAACGGGACCUUGUCUGUGGAGAAGAAUGGUUUCAGUUCCAGGUAAACCGAGCAAGUGUCACUUUGACCUUUCCUUGUACUUGUGUUUCUGCCCUUCCUCUCUACCCCACAUUUAGGCUUCUGCUCUGAUGCGUUCAUGUUACACAGUAAAAAUAAAGGUCAUGCAGAAAUCCUGUUCCCCAGAGUUACCAACCUUACCACCUGCUCAUCACUGGUUCCCAGUUUACUUGCUGGCAGCUGGUGUCCCUUAGCCGUUGUGCCUUGCAACUAGCUCCUGAGAACUGUCGCAGCGCCCCCUCUGGGUUGGGAGUCCCGCACUGCUACUGUUCUUGAGCUUGUUUGUCAGUGAAUAAUUGUUGAGUUCCAUUUAAGAAGUAAACGAUAAGCUUUUUUUGUUGCAUAGAAGAAGUCUGAAGGAGAUACGCUGAACUGUUUUUGAUAACUUAUAAUCUUUGUGCUUUCUUAGUAUGUUUUAUAUUUUCUACAAUAAACCUAUAUUUUUAUC